CUAGCCUCGUUUGCAUGCUAGAACGGAACCUCAGCCAAACAACAUGGCGGCUAGCACAGGACCGGAGGUCGUUCGCGGCCAAGUUUUCGAUGUUGCACCACGAUAUACAAAUUUGAACUACAUCGGAGAAGGAGCGUAUGGAAUGGUUGUGGCUGGUGUUGAUAAUACGACCGGAGAGAGAAUCGCUAUCAAGAAGAUUAGCCCUUUUGAGCACCAAACAUACUGCCAAAGGACUCUCAGAGAAAUCAAGAUUUUGAGCAGAUUUAAGCAUGAAAACAUUAUAGGAAUACUGGACAUCAUACGAGCCCCGAGAGCCGAGGAUAUGAAAGAUAUUUAUAUCGUCCAGCCAUUGAUGGAAACUGACAUGUACAAACUGCUGAAGACCCAGAGGCUGAGCAAUGACCAUAUUUGCUACUUCCUCUACCAAAUACUGCGUGGGCUGAAGUAUAUCCACUCCGCUAAUGUUCUUCACAGGGACCUGAAACCUAGCAAUCUGUUGCUGAACACUACUUGUGAUCUCAAGAUUUGUGACUUUGGUUUGGCACGCAUUGCUGACCCAGACCAUGAUCAUACUGGUUUUUUGACGGAGUAUGUUGCAACUAGAUGGUACAGGGCACCAGAAAUCAUGCUAAACUCCAAAGGUUAUAGCAAGGCUAUUGACAUCUGGUCAGUGGGCUGUAUUCUGGCGGAGAUGCUAGCCAACAGACCUCUAUUUCCUGGAAAACAUUAUCUUGACCAGUUAAACCUUAUCCUUAAUGUUCUUGGCUCGCCCAUUGCAGAUGAUCUGCUAUGCAUAAAGAAUGAAAAAGCUCGUAGCUACCUGCAGUCGCUCCCGUACAAACCCAAGACGCCUUUUAUCAAACUUUUCUCAAAUGCAGAUGCCAAAGCUCUUGACCUCAUAGAGAACUUGCUAGCAUUUAACCCCAACAAGAGAAUUACAGUUGAAGAGGCUCUUGCUCACCCAUACCUUGAGCAGUAUUAUGAUCCUGCUGAUGAGCCAGUGGCAGAGACUCCCUUCAAGUUCCAAAUGGAGCUGGAUGACUUACCCAAAGAAAAGCUAAAAGAGUUAAUUUUCCUUGAAACAAAAGAAUAUUCAGGAUCUCAUUAGACAGAUAAAUGAUGCUGCUCCGUCAGAGUGGUAAAAUCCGUAUCAUCUUUGUAACAUCCAGGGCACCGAGUCCUCAAAAUCUGAUUACUCCCUAGUAGUGCUUCCCGUUAUGUGUGUACAAAAAAAAAACAAUUCUAAGUAUUUUUUGUAAAGAAAACCUUUUCGAAACUAGUGAAAUGUAUUUAUAUAUUAGAGUGGUGCUAGCGAGCCUCUUUGAUAGGACUGUAUGGACUGAUGGGGGGAUAUGAAUGUGUAAGAGAAUUACUUCAACCUCAUGCCAUGAAAAUAAUUGCACUAGGUGCUUCACUCUUGUUUAAGAAUCUGCUCAGAGUGAAAGCCAAAAAAAAAACAGAUUGUGAUUUGCAUGCUUAGGUGAGCGUCAAAAGGACAGAGCAAUUUUCCAGCCCACCUGACUAAGGACAAUUUGAUUUCAUGGUUUUUGCCAGCAGUACCUAAGUGGUUCCAGAAUAAACACCAAACUUACUAGCUAAUUUGAAAAAAAAGAUACUUAUAUAAAAUUUUUGCCAAAGUUUUCCAUCUAAAUCUCACUAGAAAUUGAUAAUGGAAGAUAUAGUUCACCUUAAACCAUGAAAUCAAUGGCCUCACUUGGCUUGUUUCCCUGCCUUUGACCUGAUGUAACUCACUAGUUAGCCAUUGUCCUCAUGAGGGGUAUCUGGUGGUAGUGGGGAUGUUGGCAUUUUUGAGCUUCAAUCUAUUUUCCCCAGUAAUAGCCGACAUGAGCUUUCUCUCAGGACAGGCCCUCCAAAAGAUAGCGUGUCUUCUGCCAAUGGCCAGACUAAAUGAAUUACAGAACCAUAAGUCUGAAUUUUUGUAAUUAAGAGAGAUAGAAAAAAUAGUAAUUUCAAUUCAAUUUGUUUAAAACUAUUUGAAAUAGCUUUUUAUCUCUCCAUACGUAUAGUUAAAGCUUAUCAGAUAAUUCCUAGUAGUCCUAAAACCUAUAGAUAAUAAACAAUCCUCAUCAUGAAUUGAUGAAAA